AUGCGUCAACUUGAAAUUGCUGAUGAAAAUCAAAAAAAUACAUCAAAAUCUCAAAAGCUAGAAUCAAUUGAAUUGUUUUCAUAUUCAAGUAAGUUACAUCCACAAUCACAUUAUACUAGCCGAUAUAUUCAUACUCUUUAUGGAUUGAAUGAUUUAUUGGAAGAAAUAAAAUCUGGAAAAUCUUCAGGUGAUCCAGUACGUGGACUUGGACAAACGAAUAUCGAGUUUGGAAUCAUUCCGUUCCAAUUUGCUGCUGGUAUUCUGGAUGGUCUGAUAUCAAUAUUUAAAGUAUUAUAUCUUGGAGCAACUUCAAGAAUUACGGUAUCACAUGCCGAAAUUUGCUGGUCAGGUUAG